UCAUAACCGUAUGACUGAAACGAAGUGUCACUCAAAAUGACAGCGAAUAGGAAUCGUGUGGGGGCGUGCACGACUCUGAUUCGCUGAAGGAUCGGCCCGAGGUGGAUGGUGAGACGGAGUGCCUUGAGUGUAGUCUUAAUUUCGUUAAAUUGAGUAAAUAAUAAUUGCAAGACUAAAUGAGCGCAGGCCUGUGUAUCAAUGCCUUUGGUCGCCUGGAUAUUAAGAAAGAAACAGCUGGUAACAAACAAGGCCGUGAAUUAAGGGAUGGAGGGCUUAGACGACGGUGUCAUGGAGGAGCUCGGCAUGUCGCUGGAGGAGCUGCGCCGUUGCAUCGAGGAGGAAGUGGAGCGCAGCGAGGUGGUGAGGCAGAGGAAGGCACAGCUGGCUGAGCUCCAGCACUGGGUGGAACAGAGGGAAAGGGAGGUGGCCGUAGUGGACUCUCUCUUCAGCAGUGCCUCCGAGUCUGUAAUGGAGUGUGAGACUCUAGUGAAGGAAGUGUACAACAAAAUGGGCCUGGUGUACAGGGAGAGCAGCUCGGAAGAUGAGGGAGGUGGCGGUACACAGUCAUCGGAAAUAAUUGAGAUUGAUGAUGACGACGACGACGAUGUCAUUGCUGUGGGUUGUGUGGUUCCACCCAAAAAUGUUUCAACUCCAGUCAAGGAUCCAACGUUUAACGAGGCUUCAGCAGCACUCCAAAGGUCCUCCCAGCAGGUGCAGAAACUAGCGCAGGCGGUGAACAGGACCACUCCCACCAGCACCCCCACCAAAUCACCGCAGUCUCUUGUCGCGCGCAGAGAUGUAACCAGCCAGUUGCCAAUGCCAGCAGUUUUUGUGUCUCAGGCUCCGCGCAACACACCCACUCAGCCCAACCCUACCUUGAAGGAGGAUGUGCUAAAGGUGGAUAUGAACGUGUUGGGCAAGAAGAGGACCAAGACAUGGCACCGAGGCACUCUCAUUGCUAUCACCCCAGUUGGAAAUGGGUUCAAGUACAAGGUUAAGUUUGAAAACAAAGGAAAGAGUCUGUUGUCGGGGAACCAUGUGGCCUUCGAUUACCACCCCACACUAGAGCGCCUCUAUGUGGGUGCACGUGUGGUAGCCAAAUACAAGGAUGGAAACCAGGUGUGGCUCUACGCUGGCAUUGUAGCCGAAAUGCCCAACAGCAAAAACCGCAUGAGGUUUCUCAUAUUCUUUGAUGAUGGUUACGCCUCUUAUGUCGGUUUGCCGGAGCUCUACCCUGUCUGCAGGCCUUUGAAGAAGACUUGGGAGGAUAUCGAGGAUGCCUCCUGCAGAGACUUUAUUGAGGAGUACAUCACAGCCUACCCCAACAGGCCCAUGGUGUUGCUCAAAGCUGGGCAGGUCAUCAAGACCGAGUGGGAGGGAACCUGGUGGAAGAGCCGUGUGGAGGAGGUGGAUGGCAGCCUUGUCAAGAUCCUGUUCCUGGAUGACAAGCGCAGUGAGUGGAUCUAUCGGGGAUCCACCCGAUUGGAGCCUAUGUUCAACCUGAAGAUGAACUGUGCCAAUACCCAGGAGAGGAAACCGGGUGGACACCAAAGAACCCGCCCCAAUAUGGGAGCUGUGAGGACAAAAGGACCCGUUGUCCAGUACAUCAGUGAGGCCAGCAACACGGCAGCAAAUAAAACUCAGUUCACCUCACCCAACACCAGACCACUCCAAAUAGUUCAUCCAAUACAGACCCCACGCCCAGAGAGCCCGGACAGUCUGGCCCGUUCAAAACAACAAGUAGCCAAAAAGAGCACUUCUCCCUUUGUAACUCCUCUGGUGCCCACUCGUCCAAAUGAUGCCCUAGUGACCAGUUCCAGGCCCUUGCAGCCUGUCUCCAAUACCAGCACUACCAUCGUGCCUGGGAACACAACCAGGAUCUUUGUGUUGCAGCCAGGCUCAACGCAGACUGUUACUUCCAUCUCUCCCAUGAACCCACAGCAGCCCCUACAGCUCCCCCAGCUGCCUCCGCCCCCGCCCCCGCAGCAAAUUGUCCCUGUUACACCACAAACAAAUCCCCUAUACACCUGUGACCGGGUCCCCCAGGAGCCCUCCUACCAGGCUCCUAACGAGCGCCUCUUCUACCUGCCCCACACCUGCUCCCCCGCAUGCUUGAAUCGCAUUCGACCCACCUGCAUCGAUGAGCACCGUGGUCGCAACCCACUGCUCACACCCCUCCUCUACGAGUUUCGCCGCAUGACUGGUCGCCGUCGUGUCAACCGCAAGAUGUCGUUCCAUGUAAUCUACAAGUCCCCAUGUGGCCGGUGCCUGCGCAACAUGGCAGAGAUUGAGCAUUACCUCUUCCAGACAAACUGCGACUUCAUCUUCCUGGAAAUGUUCUGCCUGGACCCUUAUGUGCUGGUGGACCGCCGCUUCCAGCCCCAGAAGCCUUUCUACUACAUCCGAGACAUAACAAACGGUCGCGAGGACAUCCCCCUAUCUUGCGUCAAUGAGAUCGACAUGACCCCCCCACCCAACGUGGCCUACAGCAAAGAGCGGAUCCCAGCUGACGGCGUCUUCAUCAACACCAGUCCUGACUUCCUAGUGGGCUGUGACUGCACAGAUGGCUGCAGGAACAAGUCAAAGUGUUCCUGCCACCAGCUGACCCUCCAGGCCACUGCCUGCACCCCAGGAGGCCAGAUCAACCCAAAUGCUGGAUACACAUAUAAAAGGCUGGAGGAGUGCCUUCCAACAGGGGUGUAUGAGUGUAACAAGCGGUGCCGCUGUAACCCCCAGAUGUGCACCAACAGGCUGGUCCAGCACGGUCUUCAGGUUCGCCUACAGCUCUUCAAGACGCAGAACAAGGGCUGGGGCAUUCGCUGCCUGGAUGACGUGGCCAAGGGAUCUUUUGUCUGCAUUUAUGCAGGGAAAAUUCUGACAGAUGACUUUGCAGACAAAGAGGGGUUGGAGAUGGGCGAUGAGUACUUUGCCAACCUGGACCACAUUGAGAGUGUGGAGAACUUCAAGGAGGGCUAUGAGAGUGAGGCGCACUGUUCAGACAGUGAUGGCAGCGGUGUUGACAUGAGCAGGGUGAAGCUGACCUCCAUGAGUUCCCACGGAAGAGUAGGUCGCAGGAACGAGGACACCGGCAGUGGCAACGGAGGCAGGGGUCGCGGUGACUCUUCUGGUGACGGGGAAGAUGACGAUGAUGAUGACAAUGAUGACGACUCGAAUGAUGAUGAUGAUGACAGCUCCGAUGACAACUUUGUGAAGGACAACUGCUAUAACUCUAGUUCUGUAUGGAGAAGCUAUACAACCCGAAGACAGGCAAAGGGAAUGAAGGAGGAGAGCCAAGACAGUAAGGAUGGUUUGAGCACUUCAGCAGAGGGAACAGAGGAGGGGAAACCACCUUCCAUGCCAGAGGAGAGUGGGAAAAGCAAGGUGGCCUCCUGGUUAUCCAGCCAUUCUUCCUCUUCCAGCUCCCAGCCAGUAGUAAAACUGGAAAACCAGAAGGUUGAGAAGAAGGAACCUGUGGAUCAAAAACCUUCCCUUGGCUCCAGCUCAGUGAAAACAGAGGGAAGCAAGCGGCCUUGUGGCAGCAACAUGGAUGUGAUGACCCUCUCCGAUAGCGAUGAUGUCCAGACCAUAAGUUCUGGAUCAGAGGACAACAAGGAAAAGGAGAGACAAGCCCAGGGUCCAAUAAAGAGGCAAGUGGCAGUCAAAUCAACCCGUGGAUUCACCCUCAAGUCCACUCAUAGCCUCAUGGUUAAGACGGGUGGAGCAGGAGGUGGAAUGGGAGGGACGACAGGACCUGGUGGCACUGGGGGAGAGGGUGGCCCUGUCUCGAAGAACACAAGGCAGUUUUUCGAUGGCGAGGAAUCUUGCUAUAUCAUCGAUGCCAAGCUGGAGGGCAACCUGGGCCGCUAUCUUAAUCACAGCUGUAGUCCAAACCUCUUUGUCCAGAACGUCUUUGUGGACACACACGACCUGCGCUUUCCUUGGGUGGCCUUUUUCGCCAGCAAGAGAAUCAGGGCAGGCACAGAGCUGACAUGGGACUACAACUACGAGGUGGGCAGCGUCGAAGGAAAGGAGCUGCUGUGCUGCUGUGGCUCCACUGAGUGCCGUGGACGACUGCUGUAGGAGGACCAGACCCCUUUGAAGCAGAGUCCAGUGGACACACAGCCCCUGCAGCAGUCAUUUUUGCCUUCGCUGUGUCCGUCCAUCAGCAUGACUUAUGCAGACACUGACUGCUGAACAUUCUUCCUCUCCUAAAAUCAUCUGUGUUGAUUCCCCUCCCUGCAUCUCUUGUUUUGUUUCUGUUUGUCAUGACUCUUAUGCUCACUGACAUUUUUUAGUAUUUUUUACUUUAAAGCUCUAAUCUGAUCUCAAUGCAAUUCCAUUUCACUAUUUACCCCCUGCCAGAAUACCAGACCAAGCUGUACAUUUCUUGGAAAU